AUGCAAUCAGUCAUUGGGGAGGUGGUGAAUAAUGCCCAAGCUGGCUUCAUUCCUGGCAGGAAUAUUGCUGAUAAUAUCCUGUUAGCUACUGAGCUAGUGAAGUGUUAUUCCAAGAAACACAUUUCUCCUAGAUGUAUGAUCAAAGUGGACCUAAAAAAGGCUUAUGACUCCCUUGAGUGGCCUUUUCUUAAGUCUAUGAUGCAAGAGUUAGGUUUUCCAGAUUUGUUUAUCAAGUGGGUGAUGCAAUGUCUCAGUACUGCUUCUUAUUCAAUUUUGGUGAAUGGUUUUCCAACUAUACCUAUUCCUGCAAAGAAAGGCUUGAGACAAGAUGUGCCUUCUGUUAACUCCUUGUUUGGUGCCUUUCUAAAAUUUUCUGGUGCUUCUAGUCUUAGUGCAAAUUUACAUAACAGUGAAGUUUAUACUGCUGGUAUCCCUGCUGAUGUGGAGAAACAGAUAGUUGAUGCAAUUGGUAUCCAAAAAGGUUCCUUUCCUUUUAGAUACCUGGGGGUUCCCCUUACCACCAGGAAACUGAGAUAUGUUGAUCGUAAGCCUCUUAUUGAGAAAACUAGUGCCAGAAUUAGAAGCUGGACUGCAAAGUUCCUAUCUUAUGCAGGGAGACUGCAACUGGUUAAAUCUGUUCUAUUUGGUAUGCAGCUAUAUUGGUGUCAGAUUUUUGUCAUGCCAAAGAAAGUGAUGAAGGAGAUUCAGCAGCUGUGUAGGUGUUUCCUGUGGACAGGAUCUGAUUUGGGGUCUAAGAAAGAAACUGUAGCUUGGGAUGACAUGUGUCUUCCCAAAAGUUGUGGAGGGUGGAAUUUGAAGAAUUUGGUAAUCUGGAAUAAAGCUGUUGUGUUAAAGCAUUGUUGGGCACUCUCAAUGAAGCAAGAUAGGCUCUGGGUGAAAUGGAUCCACACCUACUAUGUGAAACAUCAUGACUUCUGGACCAUGCCUGUCCCUAAUGGGCUCACCUGGUCUCUGAAGAAGAUUUGGCAACAGAGGGAUAUUUUGGUGCAAACUGGUGGGGUGGAUCAGUUCAUUGUGAAUGGGAAAUUCAAGAUCAGCAGAAUGUAUAAGGCUCUUCAUACUGGUGGCACUCAGGUACAAUGGAAAAGAAUAGUGUGUAAUAGCAAAGACAGUCCUAAAGCUACCUUUAUCACUUGGCUGGCCCCGCAGAAUAGGUUACCUACUAAAGAAAGCUUGUUAUCAUGGAACCUCAAUAUUGAUGGUGUUUGUGAAUUCUGCCAGGUGCAGGAUGAAAAGUUGUCUCAUCUGUUCUUUGAGUGUCACUACUCUCAAGAUAUCUGGAGAACAGUGUUGGUGCAGUUGGUUUGGCUUCAGAGAAAUGCUAGUGAGUUUAGUAAGAAGUUUGAUCCUGUAGACAGUGUUGUUAGAAGGAUUCUUUUCAUUAAUAUUUUAGCUUUUAGGAAUCAGUAG